CAAAGCGGUGACAGCAAGUUGGAUGCUCCAUCUAUUCAGGGAGAUGACAAGGAGGACCGGAGCCCCAGAAUGACGAAGAGUUUCCUGAGGAACUUCUGCAAGGAGCACAAGCUCUACAUCACACCGUCACUCAACGAUACCCUGUACCUGCACUUUAAAGGCUUCAGCCGCAUCGAGAACCUAGAGGAGUAUACAGGGCUGCGCUGCCUCUGGCUAGAGUGUAACCGGCUCCAGAGGAUUGAGAAUCUGGGGGCGCAAGUUGAGCUGCGCUGCCUCUUCCUGCAGACCAACCUGCUGCACAAGAUUGAGAACUUGGAGCCACUGCAGAAGCUCGACACCCUGAACCUCAGCAAUAACUACAUCAAGACCAUCGAAAACCUUGCCUGUCUGCCAGCUCUGGACACACUGCAGAUGGCGCACAACUGUCUUGAGACAGCACAGGACAUCGAGCACCUGCGUCACUGCCCGAAGCUCUGCGUCCUCGACCUCUCCCACAACAGGCUUGGUGACCCUGAGAUCCUGAGCGUGCUGGAGGCAGUGCCUGACCUGCGAGUGCUGAACCUGAUGGGGAACCCAGUGAUCCGCCUGAUCCCCCACUACCGCAAAACAGUCACAGUGCGCCUGGGCCACCUCACCUACCUGGAUGACAGGCCCAUCUUUCCCAAGGACAGGGCCUGUGCUGAGGCCUGGGCACGGGGCGGCCCAGUGGCUGAGCGGGAGGAGCGGCAGCUCUGGGACAGUCGGGAGAGGAAGCGGAUCACCGACAGCCUCGAAGCCCUGUCCCUGAUCCGCCAGCAGGCCCAGAAGCGGCGGGAAGCUGGGCAAGAGAAAGAGAAAGAGGAGGAGGAGGAGGAGGAGGAGGAGGAGGAGGAGGAGGAGGAGGAGGAGGAGGAGGAGGAGGAAGAGAGGUCCCCAGAGGACAGAGAGCGGCAGCAGAAGAUGGAGCAUUUUGUGAGGGAGAGCUUUGAGGCCAAGGAUGAGCUCUACCCAAAAGAGCCCUGCAGAAUCAGGGAAAUGCCCCAAGGUGCCAAUGGGGAGACCGAGGCCUGGGAGCCAGACCCCACUUCCCUGAGUGGAACCCCAGAGAAAGUGCAGGGGACGGAACCCAACAGAGUUGCUGCUGUGACAGAAGUGACAGAGCAAGCAGCCCAGAAGCUCUUCAUUGAGUCACUACUCAGCCCCCCCUACCCCGACUCACAGGAAACUGAAGCAUGGGUGCUGACCACCCCCGAGUUCCUGGCCCAGCGCUGCUCAGGUCCGGGUUUCUGUGACCUCCCUGACCUGGAGGACGUGGACGUGGAUGCCCAGGACCAGGCCACCUGUCACCCAAAGAUCACAGACCUGUGCAGCCUGAGCGACGAGGACGACGGUGAUCCCCCCCAGGAACACCUGCCCACAGACGCCCUUUGCAAUAUAUUCAAGGCACACAAGGCUACACCAAAGCUGCCAGAAAGGCUCUUCACACACAUCCUGGCAGACAGCUCUGAGAGGGAGAGGGCCACAGGGCCAUACAGGGACCCCAGGCCUCCAAGAAUACUGGUGGAGGAGCUGGACGGGGAGAAGCCUGUACUGCAGGGUGAAUGGGAGCAGAGUGGGGGAGCCCUGGGGUUGUGGCUCAAGAACCCCAUGUUCUUGGAAAAGGGAUGCACCACAUGCUACCUGAAGCUCCUACCAGUGUCUAAAAACCUGAUGCGAAGGGACCAUGGGCCCCAUUUGUUCCCUGCAGGACCAGAUGUGGUGGAGCAGGGACAGCCCCCUGAGACCAGAGAGGAUCAGGAAGACAUUGAGUUUGGCCUGGACUGA